AUGUGCCUAGACGGCUAUUUACUGACUAACCUUUACAGAAGAUAAGGUUGCAUUGAUACAGAUUGCAUGUGAACGGAAAGUAGCAUUGUUUCAUAUUGCAUUGCAUGAUGGGCAGACAACCGAAGAACUUAUUGCCCCUUCGUUACGCCACAUUAUCGAAUCCGAAAAUAUCCUCAAGACCGGUGUAGCUAUACUGAAUGCAGAUUUUAGAAGGCUCAAGGAACAUUUCCACCUACAACCUCGAGGCGCUUUUGAACUAAGCCAUUUGCAUCGUGUGCUCACCUUCGAGUCGCACAGAUCUCAACUUUGCUCUCUUUCGAAACAGACUGAGUGCCACCUUGGUUUACCUCUCUACAAGGGAAGUGUUCGGUCGAGCAAUUGGAGUGCACCAUUAGAUGACAAUCAAAGAGCAUAUGCCGCUGAUGAUGCUUAUGCGUGUUAUAUGCUUUUCCAUUGCAUGAAUGCGAAGCGUUUGCAGAUGGAUCCAAUUCCACCCUUACCGAAACUAGCUGAGUCACAGUCAUCUUCAGCAAUGGAGCCUGCCGCUUCUGUGCAACCUGAAUCUUCAGGAGAUGAUGCUGCACUAGCUCUUAGGAAGUUAUUAGAAGCCCAAAAACUAAAGCCGCGCAAGGAUACACACGUUGAGGAAACAAAAAUAAAAACACCUACCACACCGAAAGAAAGGCAGCAUCACGUACAAGAGAAAACAGAGUAUGGGAAGAGCCCUGUGAGAAACCCAGUGCCAGAGCCAUCACCCAGGAUUUAUAGCGAACUGGUUUCACAUCGCAAGGAGUUGGCUAAAACCUUGAAUUAUGCGCCUUACAUUAUAGCAACAAAUAAGAUGCUAGAAGCUCUGGCUACAUACCGCCCGUCAAACAGGAGUGAACUGGCAAAGAUACGCGGGAUUGGUGCACGUGAAGUUGAAGAAUAUGGUGACGAGUGGCUACAAAUCAUCGCGAAAGACCUCGCUGAACAUCCCGAGGAGACUCGGUCGCCAUUACAGCCUAUCACCCCGAAUCGACGCGUCAGAGAAAAACGAAAUAACCACAAGCCGAUGGAUCCUACCCUAACCCAGGAACUUUUUCAACGAUUAUCAGAACACCGCAAGGCCUGUGCUGCUACUAAUAAGUGGGCGGCUUUUCGAGUUGCUUCCAACUCAACUCUUAAUGAUCUCGUUCAAAGUCGUCCGUCGAACGAAGAAGAGCUCCUGCGUGUUGAAGGCAUAGGAAAGCACAAGGCAUCCCUAUAUGGCCCCGAUUGGCUUCGAAUAAUUUCGGAAUUUGAGGCCAAGCAUGACCUUCAGCCUGAGAGUUCCCAUCUCGCUAGGAAUACGCCAUUAACUCACCCUCAAUAUCAGAUCCAGUCAGAGUCAGAUUCCGAACCCGAAUUCGAGCACCAGCCAAGCGAACACCCCUCAAAGCGUAUGCGGGUUAGGAAUAUUGGCCGCUCGAAAGAAAUUAUCCUAACAAAGCCCCUUCUAAGCAGUAAUCCAUCUCUAGAACUCGCAGAUGCUCUAUUUAAGGCCGGCGAAGCAUCUAUUGAGAAGGAUAGGGUUGAGCAUGACGACAGCUACGAGUCGACACUGGAAGUAUCAAUGACCGCUUCCAUAUCGCUGAAACGUAAACGAACUGAUGACGCAACAUCUCCUUCCAAGGCAAUACAUACUUCACCUUCAUCUCCCUCCCCGAACCCCAUCUUGAACUCAAUCACUACUCCUACGCCAACUGAUCCACCUAUAGAAGUGGCGCCCCCGCCCCAGCGAUUGAGUUGGCAGCAACAAUUGUUGCGGAGGAAGCUUGACGCUUGUGUCAAGAGUGUUAUAUGGGCGACGAAUCCAAAACAUACACAGCCGAUAGUUUCUGAGGACACGCUUCAUUGCCUUGUUACGACACUACCUCAGACGCUUGACGAGUUUCAUAAAGUCCCGGGUAUUCAGUAUUUCAUCCAGGCUUGUCAGAGGGUGAACAAGGACCUUUGGUCGACUUUCUCCAAGUGGAUUGAAGUCCAGGGGCUUGUGAAGAGUUCAUCGACAAGUGGGCAGUGAGAGCGAUGUAUUAAUCGGCUCCUAGUGGUGGCUUGGUACUGCUUACUAUUGCCGAGCGACACAGGCUACGAAGAUUUAGGAAGUUUUUCGUGUCUAGAAUGUCCAUUGAGUCACCUAGUGGGCUGGCUACUCCAUGAUGGGAGUCACAGGCGGAUAUGUUGGCAAUAUGAAGGAGCCUUUGACCGAAAACACCAAUUGGUUUCAUAUGAGUUGAAUGAGAAAUGAGGAUAUGAGACGGGUUCAUAAUAUACCCUAGCAUGUUUUGAACGGAAUGGUUGGGAUUUAAGGCGUUUGUUCUACUUGCUUUAGGGAACCGUAAAUAGGCGUUCAAAUCAUCGGGAUUUAUUCUGAAUCAAUAUAUACCAAUUCAUAUAUAAUAACACCAGCCUCUACUUAAUACAUCUAACAUAACGACGGGUAGGAGAAUGCGAUCAUUCUAUACAGAAUACGGAUUAGACGUCAUGACACUUGCAGGCCCA